GCGCAAGACAUACACAGAACUGGACGAGCAUGUGGCAUUUUUAUACUCGCUAGACAUAUUUGGGCUGAGCGAUCACGACCUGAUGUUUAGCCAAGAAGACGCAUCUCACUCAGAUGUUGAGGAUGAACAGCAGACAGAUUACAUCAAGGCCAGAGUGCAGAAGGCUCAGCAGACCGUACAAAUGGAGGCUAACAUGAACGUAGACCUCUACGAUGGGGCUGCGGCUCAGGGCCCUGUAACUGGAGCAGGACCAAAUCGUAAGCGGCAGCCUCUUCUCGACCUGAACCAGGGUCAGGAAGAUAUAAACCCUACGCACAAUGGAAGUCUGACUGAAAUACUUCAGCAGAGUUUUGCCAAUAUGACAGUAGACCUUACAGAUGACGAUCAGUCAAGUGCCAUGAUGACAAUGAUUACGCAACUUAUGUGUCUCAUGCUGCUGGCGUUGUGGUGCCAAUUGUUUGAAUGGAAUAAGCAGGCACGCGACAUGCUGAAAAUAUUCCUCACUGGAUGCACUCAUACAUUGCUGCAGAGUCGAUCCUGUCAUAGAACGAAGGUCAUGGGGAUCGAGAGCUGUCCAACCUCCGGGCGAGUCAACUCGACCCACGGGUCGGAACCGAUGAUUCAACCGGAGAUGACAGGUGAACGCAAGGAUAUACAUCCUUGGAUACAUAACGGAUACAUCAUUGGUGAACGCAUAGCGCAACAGCGAUGA